AUGUCUGACGCCAGCGAGCCAGGGAGACCAUCUCUCCCCAACAGAGUCACGUUCGUCACUCGAAGAACCAACUCAGGCCGCUACCGAAAUUACUCGAGAGACGACCUAGACAGCGAACUAAGCAGUGUUGAUUACGCCAACUACCUUGUUCACACCCCUCCAACUCCAGACAACCAGUUAAUGGACCCUUCCAUAUCUCAAAAAGUGGAAGAGCAGUACGUCUCCAACUCCAUGUUCACUGGAGGUUUCAACAGCGCCACAAAGGCUCACCUCAUGGACAAAGUCAUUGACACAGAGACUAGCCAUCCGCAAAUGGCUGGUGCUAAAGGCUCUUCCUGCGCUAUCCCUGGUUGUGAUGCUAAGGUUAUGAGUGAUGGGAGAGGACAAGAUCUUCUCCCUUGUGAAUGUGACUUCAAAAUCUGUAGAGACUGUUUCGUUGAUGCGGUUAAAACCAACCGUGGGAUUUGUCCAGGGUGUAAAGAACAGUACAAGAACACUGAUUUGACUGACCAGGAUGAUGGUCAGCAGAGGCCUGAGGGUGGUGGUGGUAGUAGUAGCGUGUCGAAGAUGGAGAGGAGGUUGUCUUUGAUGAAGUCAACUAGUAAAUCGGUUUUUAUGAGGAGUCAGACUGGUGAUUUUGAUCAGAACAAGUGGUUGUUUGCGACUAAUGGGACUUAUGGUUAUGGUAAUGCUUUUUGGACAAAGGAUGGGAAUUUUGGGAGUAGUAGUAAGGAUGGUGGUGAUGGAGAUGGAAAUGGUGUAGGUGUGGAGAUGCAAGAUUUUCUGAAUAAACCUUGGAGACCACUUACUAGGAAGCUGAAGAUUCCUGCUGCUAUUAUCAGUCCAUAUAGGCUAUUGAUAUUUAUCCGUGUAGUUGUUCUUGCACUGUUCUUGACAUGGAGGAUAAAGCAUCAAAACCAAGACGCUAUAUGGUUAUGGGGAAUGUCUGUAGUUUGUGAGCUUUGGUUCGCCUUUUCUUGGCUUCUUGAUCAGCUUCCUAAGCUAUGUCCCAUUAACCGUGCAACCGAUCUUCAAGUCCUCAAGGAGAAGUUCGAAACUCCUUCACACGAUAACCCCACUGGAAAAUCCGACCUCCCUGGUCUCGAUGUCUUUGUCUCAACUGCUGAUCCCGAGAAAGAGCCUCCUCUAGUCACUGCCAACACCAUUUUAUCCAUUCUUGCUGCUGAGUAUCCUGUUGAGAAGCUUUCUUGCUAUGUAUCCGAUGAUGGAGGAGCGCUUCUCACGUUUGAAGCCAUGGCUGAAGCUGCUAGCUUUGCUAACAUUUGGGUUCCUUUUUGCCGUAAACAUAUGAUUGAGCCGAGGAAUCCAGAGUCUUACUUUAGCCUAAAGAGAGAUCCUUACAGGAACAAAGUCAAGUCUGAUUUUGUCAAGGAUAGGAGAAAGGUUAAGCGUGAGUAUGAUGAGUUUAAAGUUAGGAUUAAUGGCUUGCCUGAUUCCAUAAGGAGACGUUCUGAUGCUUAUCAUGCUAGAGAAGAGAUUAAAGCUAUGAAGACGCAGAGACAGAAGUCACAGAACAUAGAUGAGGAGCUUUUAAAGCCUGUUAAGAUUCCUAAAGCUACUUGGAUGGCUGAUGGUACUCACUGGCCUGGUACUUGGUUGACUCCUGGUACUGAUGACCACUCUAAAGGUGACCACGCUGGUAUCAUUCAGGUGAUGUUGAAGCCACCGAGUGAUGAGCCAUUACAUGGAGUAUCCGAAGGCUUUCUUGACUUAACCGAUGUGGACAUUCGACUUCCCCUCCUCGUUUACGUCUCUCGUGAGAAGCGUCCUGGUUAUGACCACAACAAGAAAGCAGGAGCCAUGAACGCACUAGUAAGAGCCUCAGCGGUCAUGUCAAACGGAGCUUUCAUACUCAACUUAGACUGUGACCAUUACAUAUACAACUCCGAGGCAAUGAGGGAAGGUAUGUGCUUCAUGAUGGACCGAGGAGGAGACCGUCUUUGCUAUGUUCAGUUCCCGCAACGUUUCGAAGGUAUUGACCCGUCUGAUCGUUACGCUAACCACAACACUGUCUUCUUUGACGUCAACAUGAGAGCUCUAGAUGGGCUUAUGGGCCCGGUUUACGUUGGAACCGGGUGUCUCUUCAGAAGAAUAGCUCUUUACGGGUUUUCUCCGCCUCGGUUCAAAGAACAUUCCUCUAGUUGGUUUAGUUGUUGUUUCCCUCGUCGUAAGAAGAAGAGUCAUCUCCCUGAAGAGAACCAAGCUCUACGUAUGGAGGAGGACGAUGACGACGACGACGAUGAGAUGAGUCUCAAAAAGAUGGACCUCUAUUUAAUCCCCAAGAAGUUUGGUAACUCGACGUUACUUAUGAAGUCAGUACCAAUCGCUGAGCUCCAAGGCAGGCCUUUAAUGGAUCAUACAUCUAUUCAAAACGGGCGCCCACCCGGUUUACUCACCAGGCCACGGAUGCUUCUCGAUGCGUCAACAGUAGCUGAAGCUAUCGCUGUUAUCUCAUGUUGGUACGAGGAUAAAACCGAGUGGGGGACACGUAUCGGUUGGAUCUACGGUUCAGUUACUGAAGACGUUGUCACCGGUUAUAGAAUGCAUAACCGUGGUUGGAAGUCGGUUUACUGCGUGACCAAACGUGACGCUUUUCGUGGCACUGCACCUAUUAACUUGACCGAUAGGCUUCAUCAGGUUCUACGUUGGGCUACUGGCUCUGUUGAGAUCUUUUUUUCGCGUAACAACGCGCUUCUCGCUAGCCCGAAAAUGAAGUUUCUUCAGAGGAUUGCUUACUUGAACGUUGGUAUCUACCCGUUUACUUCCAUCUUCCUUAUUGUCUACUGCUUCCUUCCAGCGUUAUCUCUCUUCUCUGGUCAGUUCAUUGUCCAGACGCUUAACGUGACGUUCCUUAUCUACCUUCUCACAAUCUCCAUCACUCUCUGCUUACUCGCGUUGCUCGAGAUCAAAUGGUCGGGGAUCUCGUUGGAAGAAUGGUGGAGAAACGAGCAGUUUUGGCUCAUUGGUGGAACGAGCGCUCAUCUCGCAGCGGUUCUUCAAGGUUUGCUUAAGGUUGUUGCUGGUGUUGAGAUCUCUUUCACGCUUACUUCGAAGUCGGGUGGUGAUGAUGUUGACGAUGAGUUUGCGGAUUUGUAUAUGGUGAAAUGGACUUCGCUAAUGAUCCCACCGAUAACGAUUAUGAUGGUGAAUUUGAUAGCUAUUGCGGUGGGGUUUAGUAGGACGAUAUAUGCGGUGAUACCUCAGUGGAGUAAGUUGAUAGGAGGAGUGUUUUUUAGCUUUUGGGUUUUGGCUCAUCUUUAUCCUUUUGCUAAAGGGUUGAUGGGGAGGAGAGGGAGGACGCCGACGAUUGUUUAUGUUUGGUCUGGUCUUGUGGCGAUUACUAUAUCUCUUCUUUGGGUUGCUGUUAAUCCACCGGCUGGGACUACUGAUAUUGGUGGGUCUUUCAGUUUUCCGUGA